AUGGACGCGGGCUUAAGUUCAUUCCCCGAGUUGCCGCCCAUGGAGCCUCAAGUUGCCUCAGAGGAUUGGCGAUCCUUUCUUGGGAAGAAUUCAGCAAAACGCCAGCCCCAUAUCAACUCAUCUAGGCCAAACAUUGAAGAAACGGCCGAUUUAUCCACAGUACGGUAUUUGAAGCGGGCAAGGGCUCCCUGGACUUCGUUGCGGCCGACUAUCGCCGUCCUUGUGGGAGUGUCCUUGCUAUUCGCUACACUGUGCGGCGGUGGCGGAAGGAUCCGUAGCGGCCGGACGGUGAGGCGACUUGCAGAUGGUGAGAGAGGGGAGGCUCCUAGCUCUGGGAGAAACCCACUCUUCGAUGAAGACCAGUGGAUUGCUCUCUCUGCGGAAGAGCUCGCUGUGCUGUGUUCCCAGCUGGGGGAAUGGGAGCCUUCGUUUGCACCUCAUGGUAGUUCAAGCCCCUCAGUACGUCUGCCGGAGGUGGCUUCAACCUCGAGUGGACGAACGAGUCAGCACAUAUUGCAAACUCAAAGUGGUUCCUUCACCUCACCGGGACCUUCACGCCUCUUAGGUGGACCUUCGAGACUGCCAGCAGCACUCGAUCUCUCAUCGACCCCAGCGCAUUCAAGCUCCCACAAUGGCAAGCAUCCUUUUGUUCGGGCGCCUGCUUUGAUGCAAGGCAUGGAUAUGGAUGACCUACAGGCAACUGUUUCACACCCUUGGUCAGGAAACGAACCCAUAGCCCGUCUUCUUAGGACUGUCCGACGAGUGUUUCUAAAAGAGGUGCUCGACGUUGCAGAUGCAAAGGAAUUGCUAAGCGCAGCAUUAGAAUUGUAUAAAAGAGGAUCUUCGCCUUCGGAAGAUGAAGUUCUUAGUAUCAAGCGCAAGCUGUUUUGCUUGGAAUUCUCCCCCCGGUGCUUCCUUCGAGAAUCCUGGGAGGUAUGGAGACAAGAUGACAGGAACUUCCCGGGUGGGCGGUGA